AUGGAUCCCGCCGUAGCGUGGUAUCAGCCCGAGCAGGAAGGACCCGCGAAGCGCCUGUGGCUUCGUAUCUGGGAAACCCAAAGUGAAAUAGACAAAAUGAAUUUAAAAAACUUAGAGAACGCUAAUCCUAAUGUGAAUAAAGCUCAAGACUUUAUACCAAUAAAUGAUGUGAACGGUGAAAGUAGGAAUAAUAAUUAUUUCAACCCAGCACGGAGGAAAAUGAACGAUAACCGUGCAUCGACUUUUAACCUGAACAAAAAUCGUGAUGCUCUCAUAGGUGAAUUCGGUGGUUGUCCGUGGAGAAUACCAAAUUAUAUUUAUAAGCCUGGAAUUUUGGGGCUGCACGAGGAGAUCGAACACUUCCACGCGUACAUGACGCCGACAGAGACAGAACACCUGAUGAGGUCUACAGUGGUCUCCCGUAUCCGCAACGUGAUUCUCGCGCUAUGGCCACAGGCCCGCGUCGAGGUCUUCGGCUCCUUCCGCACUGGUCUCUACCUCCCCACUAGUGAUGUGGAUCUAGUCGUCAUCGGACAAUGGGAGAAGCUGCCGCUGUGGACCCUGGAGCGAGAGCUGGUGGUUCAGGACAUCGCCGAGAAGGAGAGCAUCAAAGUGCUGGAGAAGGCAACAGUGCCAAUUGUGAAGAUGACUGACAAAUAUUCUGAUGUGAAGGUGGACAUUUCAUUCAACAUGAGCAGCGGUGUCAAAAGUGCCGAGUUGAUCAAACAGUACAAGGAAAAAUACCCAGUGCUCUCCCCUCUGGUGAUGGUUCUGAAGCAGUUCCUGCUCCAGCGGGACCUGAACGAGGUGUUCACCGGCGGCAUCUCCUCCUACUCCCUAAUACUGAUGUGCAUCAGCUUCCUGCAGCUCCACCCGAGGCCUGAACGAGUGCGCCGCUGCAAUAACCUUGGUGUUUUGCUCAUUGAGUUCUUCGAGCUGUAUGGCAGGAAGUUCAACUACGUGAAGACAGCCAUCAGGGUGAAGAAUGGAGGAUCCUAUGUCUCCAAGGAUGAGAUACAGAAAGAAAUGAAUGAUGGCCAUCGACCAUCUCUAUUGUGCAUAGAGGAUCCCUUAACGCCGGGCAACGAUAUUGGACGCUCAAGUUAUGGAGCUAUGCAAGUCAAGCAGGCGUUCGACUACGGGUACAUCAGCCUGCAGCAGGCGGUGGCGCCGCACAACACUCUGCUGGCUCGCUGCAGCGUGCUGGGCCGCGUGCUGCGCGUCACGGACCACGUGCUGCAGUACCGGCGCUGGGUGCGCGACACCUUCCAGCCGUACUUCUUCCCGCGGCUGCGCGCAGUCGAGCCCGCGCGCUCGCCCACGCCCACUCCCACGCCGACGCCCACGCCCACGCCCUCGCCUUCGCCGUCGGAUACCGACCCGGAGUGGUCGGACAGCGGGUCCCGCGCGGCGGGCACGCCCCCGUCCCCGGUGGCGGAGGCUGUCCCCGCGGGGCCGGGCGGCGCGGGGCCAGCCCCCGCCGCGACCUGUGUCCCCGCUGUCCCCGCUGCCCCCGCUGUCCCCGCGGCGGGCGGGCGCACGUCCCCGCCUCCGCUGUCGGCGCUGCAGUGCUCGUCGCCGACGCCCCGCCGAGUCUCCGCUCACCAGAGCCUCAUCAUACACCACAUUACGAGCAACUCCGACUUCAACAAUAUACCCUCAGGCGUAAUACAACGAUACAGCAGUGGUGAGAACAAGAACCGGAACCCGCGCUCGUACGCCAAGCAACGGCGGUACGCGUCGCCCCCCGGGCCCGCGCCCCCCUCCCACCCCGCGCCCCCCGGCGGCCCCCACCCCCGCCGCCACGAGCCGCGCCACAACAAGAAGCGCAGACAAACCCACCACACGCACCCGCCGCGAUGA